GCCUUGCAGCGAUAUAACAUGGAUGGAGUUGCUCAGGUAUUAGUGGCACUUGAGAGAAUGGAACAAGAUGAAGAAUUAACAUACGAGCAAGUACUUGUCUUGGAGACCAACUUGUUUCUUGGUGGCCUCAACUUCUACGACCAGCAUAGAGGCAUGAGGCUGGAUAUAGACAAUAUGUCCUAUGAGGAAUUAUUAGCUCUCGAGGAGAGGAUGGGGAGUGUUAGCACAGCUCUGUCGGAGGAGGUCUUGUCAAAGUGCAUCCGGAAAAGCAUUUAUCAGGCUAUCCCUUCAGAAAUGUGGGAAUUUGGAAGCAAUGAGAAUGAAGAUGAGGUCAAAUGCACUAUUUGUCAGGUUUUUCCCACUCACUUCAAGCAAUAUUAUGAGGAGUAUGUGAUUGGAGAUGAAAUAGGAAGGUUGGAAUGUGAGCAUGGGUAUCAUCUGGAGUGUGUAAAACAUUGGUUGAGCCUCAAGAAUUGGUGUCCUAUAUGCAAAGCUUCAGCAGCUCCAUCACAAUCAUCCACAACAUCAUCUUAGCUUCAAUAUUUUAGAUUCCAACCCCAGAUUUGUACAAAUUCAUCAAGUUGGAGGAGUUGGGGGUUCUGUUCAUUGUUUGAAUAUUUUGCUUUUUUUUUUGUGUAGAUAUAAAGUUCUUGUCACAUCAAACCAAUAAACCCAAGCCAAUGCAGGCUUUGUGGUGAUAGAUGAUGAACAUUGACAUUUAUUUCUUGAAGUCCUUAUAAAGUGUUUUGUAGUUUGCUUA